ACAUGCAACUGCAUACAGUCUGAAGGUCAGAGCGAACAUGGCAACCCGCUGGGGAAUCUGUGGAGCUGGAAACAUCAGCCAUGAUUUCUGUGUGGCUCUGAAGACACUUUCUCAUGAAGAUCACCAGAUAGUUGCAGUUGCAGCAAGAAGCCUAGAAAGUGCAAAGAAGUUUGCAAAGACUCAUGGGAUCCCGACUGCAUACGGCAGCUACCAGGAGCUGGUGAAGGAUGCAAAUAUCGACGUGGUGUACAUCGGCGUUCUCCACACACAUCAUCUGCAGGUGGGUCUGCUGUUCCUGAACGCUGGGAAGAACGUGCUGUGUGAGAAACCCUUCGCCAUGAACCUCCGAGAGGUCAAGCAUCUCAUCUCGGCCGCCAGGGAGAACAACGUCUUCCUCAUGGAGGCGGUCUGGUCCAGGUGUUUUCCCGUGUACGCUGAGGUCGGCAGGCUGCUCUCAGAAAACACCGUCGGGGAGGUGAAGAUGGUGAAGGUGUAUUUUGGUCUUCCUCUGCUGGACCGCGAGCGUGCCACACAGAAGGAGCAGGGCGGAGGAGCGCUGAUGGACAUCGGCAUCUACUGCCUGCAGUUCGCUCUGAUGGUGUUCAAGGAGGAAAGACCAGAAUCCAUCCACGCCACGGGAGUCCUGCUGCCCUCAGGAGUUGACGAGUCGAUGGUGGUGGUCCUGAAGUUCUCUGGGAACAGGAUGGCCAUAUGCGCUUGCACCAUUGCUUGUGAUCUUCCAAACGACGCCACCAUCUGCGGAAGCAAAGGAAUGAUCCGAGUGGCACAUCCCAUGCACUGCCCAACCACUCUGGAGGUGAAGGGGAAAGAGACAGAGUUUCCUCUUCCUGAACCCGGCCUGCCUCUGAACUUCAACAACAGCACGGGACUGAGAUACGAGGCGGAGGAAGUCAGGCGCUGCCUGCUGAAAGGACUGAAGGAGAGCAUCAAGAUGUCCCUCACAGACUCCGAGCUGCUCAUCGAGAUCAUGGAUGAGGCCCGGAGGCAGGUGGGCGUGGUUUAUGAGCAGGACAGCCAAUGACUGGCCUCCAUUCCUUGAUUGAUCUGAUUGCAUGGUGCUACUCAAGAUAAGGAAUCAAUCAUGCUUGAACAUUUGUGUAAUAAAAACGUAUUUGUGACAAACUGCAAUAAAAGUGACACAAACACA